AACAGAUUUCAACCUGAUUUCAAGAUCUUUAAAUCUCUCAACUCAAUCAUCAUGUCCACUCCAGUUGACAACUCUUUGACUGGUCUCAAGGCAUCCACUGCCCAGAUCAUGGCCAUCAUCAGCGGCACCUGGCAGAUUCCCCCAGGUAACAGCCACUUUUCUCUGAUAACACAGGCAGGCUCAAGUGAUCAAGGACUAUUGGACUGGACCCCUGCCCAGCAUCAUGCUUUCAUGCUCCAAGGAGCUAUUGCAUGUCUGGGGCAUGACUCCCCAGGUCUGGCCCAACUGGCACAGCAUCAGGUGAAUAGUCAUAAGUAUAAUGGUCCAAUUCCAGUGGACCUUCCCUCCCCACCCAUCUGUGCUAGCAAUGUUGCUGGUCCCUCCACCAGCACCACCACUGAGUUCUGGGACAAGGGGAAAGGUAAGGCCAUCAAUGCUGACCCAGAGCCCAAGGCAGAAGGGAGUCGGAAGAGGAAGUCUCCCAUGAUUUCAGCACUCUCCUCCCAACUGCUGAAGUCUGUGAUGAAGACUCACAAGUGUGCAAAGUCAUCUUGCUGGGUGACAUCCAAGCCCCUAGUGGACUUGGAAGAUGAGGAAGACAUGAGUAUUCAGGUUCUGACCAAAAAGCCCUUUGGCCCUGCUACAGUGAUUGCCAGCAGUCACCUGGCAGUUAUUGAGCCCUCCCAGCCGACUCCCAACAGCCUGGUGGAGGCACCCCCAGUCAUUGAUGAAGGUGAUAUUCUCAUUCCUGGACCAAACAACCCAUGCCAGGCUUGCAGCAAGCUAAACUGGGACUGCACAACUCAGUUGGACAAGAGGACCGGGAAUCCAUCACUUCCAUCUUCAAGUUCAGCAGUGCCUGCUCCAGUACCUGGUCUGGCAGUCCCUGCUGCAGCACUCAACCUGCCCAUGCUGGAUCUCCAUGCCAUGGCAAUUGCAAUUCAGGAUGGUGCAGCUCACAUUGCCAUUCUCAAGGCUCAUGUGGCAGAGCAGGAUGAGAUGACACCCACACCCCCGAAAUUUGAGAAUGCCUCUGCCAUUAAGGGCCUCCUCUUUGAGUACAACUGGGUUGUUCAACCAGAGGUUCCAGAUAUGUCUGGCGAAAUUGUGGACCCAGGUGAUCUGGGCAACCUGGUCCCAGAAUAUGAUUCUUCCGAGGACAUGGAUGUUGAGGUGAAGGUUGAAGUGUCUUCUGAGGAGGUUGACAUGGCUGUUACAUACUAG